UGGAGAAUAGAUUAAGGACUUUUCAAACCGUCCUGCUGGUGUGAUUGAUAUUCGGUGAUUUCAAGCCCGGGCACAUCGCGCUAUGUAGCGUAAUCUCACUGUGUUGAUACCGAAGGCUCGUUGCUUGGCUUCGGUGGUUUUUGGGCCACAUAUACUUGUAGUUUAUUCCUUUGGUUUUGUGUUGUUUGUUCUGUUUGGUCGUUUGAUAUGAUGUCGGGCCCGUUGUGCUGCUUUGAGUGAAGUCCCUCCCUCCCUACACAAUGUAGCGCCGAGUUCUUCCAACAGAUACGUCAUCAUUAAAGGUGUUGCUGUGUGAACAAUGCGUGAGCGAUGUCUGAUGUUGAGGCCACAUACGCAGACUUCAUCGCUUCUGGCAGGACGGGCCGGAGGAACGCCCUGCAUGACAUCCUGCAGAGUCCCACCGACCCUGAGGGCAGAGAGAUGUCCCUCACUCUGUCUCUAUCCCAGCUGCACAUCAACGCAGGAGGAGGAGAUGGAGACGACACUGAAGACAGCCAGAACUCCUCCUCUUCGGCUCAGAGGGAGGCGGAGCAGAGGAACAGCUAACCUGCAGCACACUCCAGCCCGCAGACGGAGAUUUGCAGGAUGGAGUGAGGCUCCCACCAUGAUGAACCUGUUUGUCCAAAGUGGGCUGGUGGCUGGAGGGUAGUACCGUCACUGCUGAUAUGCCUUCAAGCAGGGCACAGUCUUCCAAAUUCAACUGGAGAAGUGCUGUAAUGUGAACACCCAGCGUGGCUCUGCUGUGCACUAGAAUAACAGAUUGAUUGCAGGGUGCUUUUCAGAAUCGGGGGUAAGCAGAGAGGCCAAUUUGUAGCUCUUGUAAAGCUAAUUUUAUUUUCAGUCUUAGUUACUAAACAAUAUAGGUUGGGGACUGAAAUACAGGAAGAAAAUAGACGAGGCUCCUUUGUGAGUUUUAUAGUAGUUGAAGCAAUUUGUAAGACCACUGACAUGUGCUGAAGUAAUGGCUCACAGUGGGAGUAGCAUGUCUGUAGAAGUAGUGGUGCUGAUAGAUUGUACUGCCAGUUAAUGGCUUUAUGCUAACGCUAAGUUGAUAAUACUGCAGAGGAAAAUGGAUUGGGCUGAAGUAAACCUGAGAGGACAAUGCUGUGGUUUGACUUCUUGUUUAUAUGCUGAAGAGUGUGUUCACUGUUCUGUACUGUAGAAAGCAGCAGGAUGCAACAGAGCAGUAGCCUUGUGGUCUGUUGACACCAAUAUUACUUAAUAUUGCACUUUCACUCAGUUUAAAUGUCAGUCGCUCAGUGAUUAAAGAUUGAUGAUAUACAUGUUUAAAAAAAUGUUUAUACUUACAAAAGGGUUUUUUUUUUUUUUUUUUUUAACAAUUUCAUUAUCACGACCUUUGAGGAAUGGUUUGACAUUUUUGUAAAUGCAUUUCUUCACUUUCUUGCUAAUGAAAUGAUCAAAUGUCUAUGUGCUAUAUAAUGCAUGUAGCUAGAGUUUGUCUUAAUAGCCACCAGGGGGCAAUAGAUGUGGUUGCAAGAUCUCAAUCUGAUGUCUCUGUGCUGUGUUGUACGUACAUCAUAAUAAUAUUGUUGGUCCAGGAUUAACAUAGCAACUGAGCAUUUAGUUAGCACUAGCUAAGAAGCUAGUGAAUGCUAUUAAAAACUGUCACUAGUAAACCACGAGUCAUUUGGCUAACAGCAAACCUAACUUGAUAAUACAUUUAUUAUAUGGUAUUAAAUAAUAAGGAAAGCACUUGAAAAUUUUACCAUUUGAUCCAAAAGUUGUUUUUUUUUUCUUGACGUUGUAAAGCUAUGACAUCACAAGAACAUGACUGGUCAGUUGCAAUGUUGAUCCCAGAUGAUGCAGGAACAACACCGACACGAGGUUAUGAGAUACCCCUGUUCCAAGACGAUUUCUAGUCCUAUUGAAGUCUAAGGGAAAAUGACCUGACAUGGCCUCUAAAAACUUUCCUGCUGUGUUUAUGGGCUCAGCCCCUCAUACCAGGUCAUACAAGAUAAAACACUGAGUCAGUUUUGUAAAUUAUGGUCAUUUUAAGUCUCGGAAGGAUUAUUAGGAUCUACUCAUUGACUAAUAACUCGUUAACCACUGAGUGUUUGCUUUCACACUGACAUCCAAUCCUCUCUCCUAACCUCCAGUUUCAAAAGACCAAGAUGGUGAUGACAGAAAUGCUUAAAGUAGGAAUUCAGACACAUAUGGGUGAUGUUGUCUGGUCUAUGGUUAGCGCUGAGGUGGCCUGCAGAUGGACAUAUUGACUUAUAUGAAGUAAACAAAUGAAUUAGAUAACAGAAACUUCCUUACAGGUUACAAUUAAAAGAUUAGCAUAAAAAAAAUUCACCCAAAUCUUACAUUUUGCUAACUGUCUGAUAUGCACGUUUACACAGGUCACUGAUAAAACCUGUUGCAUUUGAAUCACGUUAAAAUAUAGUAUGUAAUAUCAUAUUUGACAUUGAUGAGCUGUUUUGUUACAUAAUGUUGCUUGGAUCAGAGCUGUUGGCUUCACAUUAUAAUACACUGGCCCCACAUUACCUUCACUUUUCAGCGUGCAGGGGGAUGAGAGGUGACGUGACCUCCAGGGAGUGCGUAACGAACUCUAUGAGAUAAUUAAGGAUUCUAAAAAUCAUAAAUCUUGCAACAUUACUCUAGUGUACUAGUGAGCUGCAAAUUAGCAUAAUAAACACUCUUUAUACUUGACAGCUAAGCUAAUUAUCUGCAGGUUCCAGCUACAUUGUUAAGAGAUUGAUCUUGUCAUCUGUCAUCAGUUCACUAAGAAAGUGCAUUGCCCAAAAUGUCAAACUGUUCCUUAAAUGUAGAUAUGCAAUACUCCGCGGAGCUUCCAGGAUUUAUAACAUUGUUUGUUUUGUUUUUUUCUGACACUGAGCCUGAGCUAUGUUUCUGCUACUGUGUGUAAUAGCUAGCUGAUGUUAUCAUCUGUACAGACCACCACGCAUGCACAAAACUCUGUGUUCUGUCAUUUUCUUCACCAUUUUUGCGAACUAUAACCUUCCUGUAAUCCUCCAGCUUGACAGUAAGUCAAUCAUACUGAAGAUAAUGUAGCUAUAACUGUUUAUUUUGUAAUCCUCACUCAAUCAGGUGUUCAGGUUGUAAACUGCCAUGUAACUGUUUCGGGGCUCACUCUGGUUUCAAAGUAGGCUGUGUAAAUGCAGCUGUUCAGCAUGUUGGAUUUUGGCAGGUGCAUGAUUCUGUGAAAUUUGUAGCUGUUUGUCUGAAUGUGCAUAACUGUAUUUUCUACUCUCCGUGUCAAACAAAGUGAAAUAAACUGGACA